AUGCUACAGACUCCCUGUCACGUGACGCCACCACGUGACUGUGUCAAAGUUGAAAGUCAAACACAACACUGCAGCUCUUCUUCAGCAUGGCGGUGCAAGCAGGACACCGAGCCCUGCUGCAAGGUGUGUGCCGGUUGGUAGGAGCCUCCUCCGGCUGCAGAACACAUGUCUGCUCCGGUACCGGGUGGCUCUCUUCUGUCCCGGGGACACGACACUACAGCUCGGACCCGAAGGAGGACCUCCUAGUGAGGCACUUGGAAGGAGAGGACUCCGGUAUUGUUGUCGUUGGGAUAAAUCGACCAAAAGCAAAAAAUGCCAUAAGCAAGAAUCUGGUCAAUAUGAUGCUUGAGGCCGUGGAGGAUAUCAGGAAGAAUAACAAGGUGCGCAGCGUCAUCAUCUGCAGUCUGGUUCCUGGGAUCUUCUGUGCAG